AUUGCUUCGCUGUAUUGUUUAUUUAUAUUACAACUGAAAUAAAUAUAUUUUUAUUAAUUAAAUUAUUAACCACAUCCUACUUCUGAUUUAAAAAGUUUCUAGUAAUGAUUUGCUGCUCCUUUCUCUGUGAAUAAAUGCAAAUCAACAAUAAAUAUAUUUGAAAAUGUCUCAACCUAACCUACUAGAAAUAGUCCCAGAGGAAUUAUUUCAAAACAACUUUAUCGCUGAUAUAGAUCAGGUACAGAAAAAACUACAAUAUGAGAUUGAAAGAAAAAGAGAAGAUCUACGGGCUAUGGUCGGAGAACGGUAUAGGGACCUGAUCCAUGCAGCUGACACCAUAGAAGAAAUGAAAGUAACCACUGCAAGUACACUGAAUCACAUCAGUGAAAUGAUAUCUUCAUGUAGGAACCUUCAUAAUACACAUUUAGUUGGCUUCAAAAUUGACAAAAAGUCUGAACCAUCAAUGUAUUCUCAAUUGAAUGCAAACCCAGCUCACAGUAUAUCAAUUCAAGUUAAAUUAUUGAUGGAAAUACCUGAGAAGAUAUGGACAUGCAUAGAUACUGAGGAUUUUGUAAAAGCUACACAGCUGUUCAUCAUGGCAAGACAUAUUAAUACUGGGUUACAACUUCAAAUUGGUGGUAAGAACACAAAACCUGAGUUUCAAUCCUUGCAAAGGCUGAUUCAACAACAAUGGAAUUCUAUAUCAAAUUUCAGUCAAACUAUUGUCAAUGUGUGUAAACAUAAAUUGCAAGAUGUUGAUAUUACUGUUGAGGUAGCAUGUUCCUGCCUAAUCAGCUUAUAUCUUCUCGACUCACAAAGUAUGGUGGAGUUACUCAAUACAUUGAUAAGCUUACAGAGCAAUAGUAGCCUUAAAUCUACAUUGGAGUUUGAUCUAACUCGCCUUUUAGAAGGAGACAUUAAAGCACGGAUCAAAGAGAAAAUAGUGAAUGGUGUCAAAAUUGUGUUAAAAACUGUUGUAUUGGUUUAUGCUUGUUUUGUGGAUAACGAGGGUGGCGCAAUUUUGAAGAAGUUGACAGAGUUAUUCAGCAAAGAUUCACAGCCUCUGAUUGAGUUGGUACAUUUUAGUGACCCCAUUGGCUUAAAACUGUUACCUUCAGUCAUCUCCAAUUACAGGUUAUCAUCAAACAAAGAGAUACAAGCACUGGCUAAAGAGGAUAUUACAGCUUCUAUUAAGGAGUGGAAUGUAUGGGUCAAGUCAUUUAUAGAUGAGAGUGUACAUAAACUAUUAGAGAAUAUUAUCAGAAUUAAAGUAUUACAUGAGAUAAGAGAAGAGGCAUUUAAAGUUGAAACACCUUCAAAUUGGUCAACAAUAUGCUCAUCCCUCGAUAUUCCUGAGGUCCAUGUAUGGUGCCACUACUUCCAGCCACUACUCACGUCUCGAGUCAAAGCCAUCAUAGAGAGUAGAUGGCUCAAAGUGUAUGACUCUUUCAAAACACAGAUAUUAGUUGAUUUGACUAAUGUGGUAUCAGAUAAUGAGGUGGAGAAAGAAGUUGAUAUCAACUGGUUCGUGUGGAAAGACCUCAUUGGUGAAACUAUAAUUGAGUCAAGAGAUGAUGUUAUUAAGGUCAUGAACUCACUUAUGAAAGGUAUGUCUAGACAAGACCACGGGUUCACUCCAACUUUGGAACACCUCUGCAUAUCUCUCGAUAGCGAGUUGCAACGGUUGCUUGAUGACUUAAAAAUCUAUUUGUACCGUAAUAAGAAUGCUUCUAAUACAAGAGACAAACUCUUAUAUACAUACGACGAGGAAGAUGAUGUCGACCAGAUUUAUAUAGAUAAGGGUGAUAUUGAAGCUUUCUUGAGAAGUACAACGGAUGAGAAUGUUCAAAGCAUGCUACAUUACAUGAAGGUGUGCUUCGAAGAGCCUACAUUACAUUCAACUGAGCUCCAUCGCAAAAGCACAGCCAUAUACACGGCACGUUUUACGCAAGCAAUACCCACCCUUAUGCCACAUUUGCGCAAGUGCUAUAUUCCUGAAGAAGAAAACGUUUUAGGCAUUAUAAAUGUUGAUGCGAAUGCUGCUAAACAGUGGAGCGAGCUAUGCGCUGUUCUCAAAGAGAGCUGCCUUUCUUUUUGGGGGAAGUGGGUUGAAAUUGUGAUGGUCCAUGUGGAGGAGUUGACCAAGGGUUUACCACAGGAGUUUACAUUGGAAGCUAAUAUAGAUUAUUUGAUGAUGCAAUGGGAUGUCAUAAAAAUAGAAGAGAAAGACGAUGAAGGUAACGCAAUUGAAUCUACAAUAAAAGUACCCGCUGGGCCUUCAUUGAAACUUCAAGAAUACUUAUAUUCGAUAAGUCGAAUAUUAGACGAAGUUGUUCCACACACAUUACCUGUAGAAAUCCACACUAUGUUUAUUGAGAAAAUUACAGACAUCACGUUCAAACAUUACGAUAAAGUUGUUAGAGAGAACGAGAUGGAUAUAAACCAGAGGUGUGGCCUUCAAAUUUUAAUGGAUAUAAGACAUUUAACAUUGCUGCUUGUGCCUAGAGAGAACAAGAAAACUAUGGAGUUCUCACAUAAUAUUUGCGAGUUUUUGAGACAGAAGAUCGAUCCAUUCGAUUAUGAUGUAUUCUAUCCUUAUAUACAAACAAAUUUGAAGAGAUCAGUUCAAAGAGUACAGACACUUCUAGGCAGUCUUAUACUCCAUCAUGGUCAAUUAACCGGUAUUAUCGGUACCAAACCGGUUCUGUCUGGUGGUAGUGGCGACAAAGCGGCCGGGCUUCUAGCUUCAGGCGAGUCUCACUGGUUCUCACUCCUUCCUGUGGCGGCUCCACCGAGUCAUCUUAAAAAACAGGAUAAACCGACAAAAAAGAAGCCAACAACAUCAAGUCCCGGCAAAUCGAAGGCUGACAUUUCGGAGAUCAUGACCAAGUCUCUACCACUCAACUUCGCCAACGCACGCUCUGGUGCCGCCUCCUUUUUCAACUCUAUGACAUCUGAAUGGUUCAGUAGCUCUUGAGAAUAAAAGUAUUUAGUUCAACAUCUUCCUGCUCUCAUCGCAUUGAUUUGGGGUCGGCGGAAUAUAUGUUAUCUGUAUUAGUA